AUGAACGGCAACAUGAACGGCCACACGACUUCUUUCGACCUCCGAGGUCUCACUCCAGCCCCUGUCACCCCAUUUACUCGCGAUGGCGCCGUCGAUUUCGAAGCCAUUCAACGCCUAGGCUCAUGGCUCGGCAGUAUCGACGGCGUAAAGGGUCUAGUUGUACUAGGCCACGCCGGCGAAGGCACCUUCCUCACGCAGGAAGAGCAGGCAGCCGUAAUCACCGCCUUCGUCAAGUCCGUAGACGACAAAAUCCCCGUCAUCGCCGGCAUCACAGCCGAGGGCACCGAAGUCGCCGCUCUAGAAGCCCAACGCGCCAAAGCCGCAGGCGCUUCAGCCGGCCUGCUCUAUCCCUCUCACGGCUGGCUGCGAUUCGGCUACCAGGCCGGCGCGCCGCAGGACCGGUACCGCGUUGUGUACGAGAAGAGCGGGCUCCCGCUCAUCCUAUUCCAGUACCCGGAUAACACCAAAGCGACGUACAGCCUGCAGACCAUGCUGGACAUCGCGGCGCAGCCCGGCGUGUUCGCCAUGAAGAACGGCGUGCGCAACAUGCGCCGCUGGGACACCGAGAUCCCGAUCAUCCGCAAACAACGGCCCGAGCUGCAGAUCCUGACCUGCCAUGACGAGUACCUGCUGCACACCGCUUUCGACGUGGACGGCUUCCUUGUUGGCUACGGCAACAUCGCUCCGGAACCCCUCAUCGAGUUGAUCAAGGCGGGCAAGGCCAAGGACUACAAGAAGGCGCGAGAGAUCCAUGAUCGAUUGCUUCCGGUGACUAAGAGCGUUUAUCACCGUGGGUCACAUAUGGAGGGAACCGUGGCGCUGAAGCAUGGGCUGGUUGCUCGUGGCAUCCUGGAACAUGCUACCGUGCGUUCGUCGCUGCUUCCGUUGGAGGGGGGCGCGGAAGAGGAGAUUCAUGCGGCCUUCCGUGCCGCAGAUCUGGGCCGCGUGUGCUGA